AACUCAAUGCACUGAUCUGUUGUUGCUCAACGUUACCCGUCAUCACCAUCAUUUCUCUAGCCGCAGCUGGCAGAUUUGUAAAUUAUGAGCAUGGAUUGAACGGACUAUGAGCGUUAUUUUUCACAUGGCAGGGCAGUGGAAAAGUCAUUUAUCUGACGGUUACAUGUGUGGAAGAAACCCGCGUCUUCAGUUUCAUCGGAAAAGAGAAAGAAGAGAGAAGGUGAGCAGUGGCCAUGGAGGCUGUAUUUCACUCUCUCCUCUCUGCAGCUGGCCGGCUGCCUUGGUUUCUUCUGACACUGUUAACAUCAUGGACGGUCAUGUCUUCAGCAGAUAUAAAGCAGACAAGAUGGCCAUUAUACUCCCAGAAGCCUAUUCUUCUUGCAUGGAAUGCCCCAACACAGGAGUGUGCCCCGCGACAUCGCGUAACUUUAUCUUUGGACCAGUUUGACAUUGUGGCGUCCCCCAAUGAGGGCUUUGUCCGGCAGAACCUUACUAUCUUCUACAAGGAGCGCCUCGGGCUGUAUCCCUAUUAUGAGCGUGGUGGCACUGCAGUGAAUGGAGGCCUUCCACAGCUUGCUAGCCUCACUCAGCACUAUGAAAAGAUGCCUGAAGGGGUGCAAAAAUACAUACGUGAGCCAGACGCAAAAGGUUUGGCUGUUAUUGACUGGGAGGAGUGGCGCCCAUUGUGGAUCCGAAAUUGGGAUAUUAAGGAUAUCUAUCGAAAUAAAUCCCGUGAGAUGGUGGCCAACAAGAACCCUAAGUGGACCCUGGAACAAGUGGGAAAAGUUGCACAGCAGGAAUUUGAGCUCUCGGCUCGCCAAUUCAUGCUGCAGACUCUGAAAAUUGCAAAGAAUUUGAGGCCCAAUCAACUGUGGGGCUUCUACCUGUUUCCAGACUGUUACAACCAUGACUACAGGAGUGGCCUGAAGAACUAUACAGGCCGCUGCCCUGUGGUGGACAUGGCCCGCAAUGAUCAACUUAACUGGUUGUGGAUGGAAUGCACUGCACUCUUCCCGUCUAUAUACAUUGAUUCUAUGCUGAAAUCCACAAAUUAUGGGAGCUUGUUUGUUCGAAACAGGGUGAAGGAGGCAAUGCGCCUGGCGUCUGUUGGGGAUGGAUUAGCGCAUCCUGUAUUUGUUUACACCCGGCCCACAUAUAUCAGUCAGAUGACCCUCCUAACUGAGAAAGAUCUGGUCUCCACUAUCGGUGAGAGUGUUGCACUCGGAGUAGCAGGUGUUAUCUUCUGGGGGGACACGUCAUAUGCCAGCAGCAAUGUCAGCUGCUCCACCCUAAAUAAGUAUCUUCAGGGACCACUUGGCCGGUACCUGCUCAACGUGUCUACAGCAGCAGAACAGUGCAGUCAGGUGCUGUGUAAAUCUCACGGCCGCUGUCUGCGCACUGUACCAGACAGCGACGUGUACCUUCAUCUCAACCCCUUAACCCACAGCAUCACCAGUCAGGGGGGGCAAUUGAAGGUUACUGGCGUGCCUGGCCAAGCUGAGCUGACUCUUUUCCACACACAUUUCCAGUGCCAAUGCUACAGUGGGUACAGGGGUGAGGGCUGUGCUCAGAAAGAAAAAGGGCAGAAUAAAGCCUCCUCUGUUCUAGGAACCUGGCCUCUUUGCUUUUUACUCCCACUUGGACUCCUCACUCUGCUACACUGAGGAAACUGAGAAGCCCAAACUAUUCACCACUUCUGCCAGCUCAGAAAACAACGGUUCCGUCUUUUUGACAUAAAAGUAGUGCGAGUUACUGAGCACUAGUGAUACUGAUGUAUUGACCGCAGCUCAGAGAGAUCGUCCUGUGGUCAGAUAUUUCCAGUAAGACAGGAGCUAGUGAUCCCAGCACACAGAUCCAUCCAACAAAAAUAUUAGUUUCUGGGAGAUCUCCAAUCUCACAACUGCCUCCUGGAGCUAACAUCUAUCCAUCAGUGUUGCAAGUGGUCAUUAACUCAUACCAUUGUUUGUCAAAAAUGAAAUCUGUCCCUUAAAGGCCUCCGCCAUGCUCCAUGCUGACCUUGACCUCCAGAUGAGGAUAUACUGUCACUACACUUUCAUCGGGACUACAAUGUCUUUGUGGAACUGUACUCACAAAGAAAUGCCUUAUGAAAACAGACUGUUUAACCUCAAGGUUUUUUUAUGUAUCUGUUUUUUUUAUGAUGGACACAAGAGAAGUAGAGCUUAAAGUGGAAGAAAGGUCAAUUUAAUGCCCAGCUCAUCACAACAGAAAGUAGUUUUAUGUAUUGUGCUUUUGGAUAUUGCUGCCUAAACUCAGCAUUUUAAUUUGUAUCUGUUGAUGUAUCAAGCCAAGACAUUUAGCCUUAAGACUGAAAUACAAAUAUUUCAUUGUGCCAGAAAGUGAUAAAUUAUGACGAAUGCAGCCUUUAAAGUCCAACUGAAAUUGCAUGUAUUUUUUUUUCUGUUACAGCAUAUCUACUCUGUAAAUCACAUGUCCUGUGUGUGUGUGGGAGAAAUUUACAUUUUAUAGUUUUUGGUUUCAUGAUGGCACCCCCUAUCUGCAUUCAUUUGUCUGAAUAUUGUUAGUUUUCCGUCUUCGUAGAUAGAGAUCUUGUUUCCAUACAGCCAAUCAAAUCACUUGAUUUUAAACUAUAUUUGCUUAAA